AGACAAUGAAGGAGCGACAGAACGAGUUGAGCACUCCUCUGGAGUAAAUCUCUUUCAAUCUGAUCAGCGUGCGGAGGAGCGCUUACUAUCUCCAAGCGUGACUACACCAGCUCUGAGGUUUCUUUCAUUCUGGACUGAGGAGAGGGGAGGCCGCUUGAAUAUCCUUCACAUGAACAAGGUCUCGCUGAUCAAAGGAACGUAAAGAGAUUUGAGUUUCUCACUGAUGAGUUGUUUUCUUUCUACCUGAUGCUUCAUUUGCAACUUCAAAGAAGACGAAACAAACCUUUACUAGAACAUCACACGUACUGAAGUGAAGUUAAGCUUUUGAAUCUGUGAACUGUGGAUGGAGAUCAUGAGGAACUCUCUAUCUCUGAAGCUGCUCCUUCACCUUGUGGCGUUUUCUUUUUUUGACCUUGCAUCUUUCACUUUUGGGGCUGAGUAUGACUUUGGAGCCCACCCACGGUUCAUGUGUGCCCCAAUUCCCGCAGACGCCGACCCUGCCUGCUUCCCCACAGCAGGUCCAGGAGUUGGGGUGGGAGGCUCCAGCGGCCCGGGCCAUCAAGGUGUGCCUCCUAGCAGCUGGUGGGGGGUGAAUGACGAGGCAAAAGUCACCAUCCUCCACCUCAGGGAGAGCCUUGUCCAACAGAAAGAGAUCAUCCUGGACCAGAGGGAGACCAUUAGAGAGCUGACGGCCAAGCUCACCCUGUGUGAGGGUCUCGGCCGGGGGGAGCACCACGGCACGGACUCACACCACGGCACGGCCGGUCGUCACACGCUCACUGACGAGGGGCACUAUGGCACCCAGCAGGGUCACCAUGGAAACAGCAACUUCAUACCAGAUUCACCACACCAUCCCUCCCCUGUGGGGGGGCAGAAGUAUGAGGGAGGGUACAGCGGCAACAACCAGGGGAAGGACAAACAUGUGGCACCCGGGGACAGCACGGCAUCAAUGGAGCAGAUGGAGAGAAUGCUGCAUGCACUGAAGGAGAGGCUGGACAACCUGCAGCAGAAGAGGAACACAUCCAGCACAUACUCCAGCUCCCUGAAGGAGCUGCUGCAGCGGAAGAUCAGCACUCUGGAGGAGCAGCUGCACCACCGCACCGGCCCCCUCAGCAGCCCUGACCACCACCACGAUGACUCCAGCCACGGAGACGACGGCCACGGAGACGACGACCACCACCCCGACGACGGCCACCAUCCCGACGACGGCCACCACGACGGUGACCAUAAAGACAGUCACAAUGAUGAGCAUCAUGACGAUCACACGGACACUGGCAACCACACAGAACAUCAUGAAGCUCAUGACGGCGAUGAUCAUGACGACGCAGAUGGUGACCAUGACGACAGCUAUGGUGAAGAUAAUGAUGAGGAUCACCAUGGUAAUGAAGCCGAUACCCACAGUUACAUGCCACAAACAGGAUACAGAGUUCCAGGGCCACGGUCACAGACUGGUUUCCAUUCGAAUAAACUGGAAACGAUGCUCAACCAGCUGCAGCACGCAGGGUCCACCAGGAAGAGAACCAAGAACCUUGACGUCUUCCAGAUCAGCUUCCCCAUAAGGACCAACUACAUGUACGGCCGGGUGAAGAGGACUCUGCUGCAGGAGAUAUUCGCUAUGACUUUGUGCCUUUGGAUGAAGGCGGGCACGGCUCCAGGACUGGGGACACCUUUUUCUUACUCUGCGCCUGGACAGUCCAAUGAACUGGUGCUCAUCGAGUGGGGGAGCAACCCCAUAGAGCUGCUGAUUGACGACAAGGCUGUGCCGCUGCCCUUGUCUCUGAGUGAUGGGAAGUGGCACCAUGUGUGUGUGACGUGGACCACUCGGGAUGGACAGUGGGAGGCCUACCAGGAUGGAGUGCAGAGGGGAUCCGGGACAAACCUCUCUCCCUGGCACUCCAUCAAGCCUGGGGGGGUCUUCAUCCUGGGACAGGAGCAGGACACUUUGGGAGGCCGUUUCGAUGCCACUCAGUCGUACGUGGGCGAGAUGUCCGACGUGCACAUGUGGUCGCACAUCCUGAGCGCCAGCGACAUCUACGGCGUGGCCUCGUGCGGCAGCCACCUGCGAGGUGACGUCAUCGCCUGGUCCGAAGCGGACAUCGAGUUGCACGGAGGAGCAGCCAAAUACCCGUUUGACCCGUGUUACUGAGCCUGAAUUAUGGUUCUGCGUUAAAUCGACGCAGAGCUAUGCCCUAGGGUACGCGGCGACACGCACCGUACGGUGCGCCGUAGGUUCUGCGUUGGUGUAACGCGGAAACAUAAAUCAGCCUUAACGCGGACGAGCAAGAACUCAGUAAGGAAGAGUAGGGCCAUGGAGUAUAACAAAUAUUUGCGAGGGGAAGAUUUUUUUUUUAUUAUGCACUUCGAGAAAAAAGUCGAAAUGUCGAGAUUAAUGUUGAAAUACAAUUUCGAGAAUAAAGUCAAAAUUUUGUGAAUAAAGUCCAAAUUUAGCCUUUUAUCUCAACAUUUCAACUUUAUUCACGAAAUUUUGACUUUUUUCUCAACAUUUCGACUUCUUUCUCAAAAUUGGACUUCAACAUUAAUCUCGACAUUUCGACUUUUUUCUC